UGUUUGGUGUAGAAAGUGUCGGUUGGGGCGGGCAAAUCAACCACUGAACAAAGCUAAAUGUCAAAUGUAGUCAAAUGUAGUGUAAUUGAAUAAUCAUUAAUUGCUUUCAAUAACCAAAAUGUCCUCAAACCCUGAGCCUAGAUAUUUCCUAAGAUCAAAGUGUUUAUGUUCCCUAAGUCCCAGUGCACAAAAAGAGAAGGUUCUCAUGCAAAAUUCGGCGUCUAAAGAGUGUGGUAUAUGCGGCGAAAUAAUUAUGAAGAAACCAGAUACCAAAGACAGAAAAUUUGGAUUGUUACCAAAUUGUCAGCAUUGUUUUUGCUUUCCGUGCAUCCGCCGUUGGAGACAGACGCCAGGUUUCGGUUUGCAUGUAAUCCAUGGGUGUCCGCUAUGCAGAACUGUGUCCCAGUUUGCUUAUUCCAGUCAGUUUUGGUAUGACAAUAAAGAGGAAAAGGACGCCUACAUCACCGCCAAAAAGUUGGAAUUGGAAAAAAUUCCUUGCAAAUAUUUCAGAAAUGGUAAAGGGCUCUGUUUUUUGGACCAGGAUUGUCCCUUUUUACAUGCUCCAUCAACAGAAGAUUUAAAUGUUGAUUCAGUUCGGAGCGAGGGAGGAUCUACUUCUACUAUGCGAACUGAUAUUGAUAUCAUUGACAUUCCAAUAUUAACCCUAAUACAUUUGAAUUUUCAAUUUUAAUAAAAUGUCAUCGUGAUAUUUCUCAUUCAUUUAGUGUAUUUUAACUUAAGUCUAGGAUAAUCUUAAUAAAAACUUAUUUGUG